AUCUUACGGUGCACAACUUAAUGAGAGGUGAUUCCCGUUCAGCUGGGAACCCGAGGAUCUAAAAGGGGCCAUAGGAAAUGAUCUACAGUAUAAAAUCCAGAAGCAGAACUUGAAGGAUUAACUACUGACCCAUUUCCCAGAAUGUUUCAUGUACUUUGAGGACCAAAAGAUGGAGUUGGUUUUUAUCUUUAAAAAGAUAUUGUCAAUGAUCUGAUACAACUAUAUAUUCACUCAAUGAAGAUGCAUGGACCUGUCUUUUGGUUGGACUAGUGGUCAUUUAUGACAGUUUCUUCAACCAGUUUCUAUUUGAAAAUUCAAAUAUCAAAGAAUAUUGGGUUAAACAUGGCAUAAUGUUGUGAAGACUACAGAUUUCAUAAAGACUACAAUUGGAUUCCAGGAAUAUUCUUCAAUCAAAGUGAUUGAUAUCAAUCUUUUGAUAACUUAAUUUUGAAGAAUUUUAUAUUAAUAAACAACUUCAAAAGAUGGAAGAAAAAAAUGGUGAUGCAAAAACUUUCUGGAUGGAACUGGAAGAUGAUGGAAAAGUGGACUUUGUAUUUGAAAAAGUGCAAAAUGUGCUACAGUCACUUAAGCAGAAGAUCAAAAAUAGGUCUGCCACAAAUAAAGAUCAUAAGCCUGUGACUUGGAAUGAACUAGAAAACAAAUCAGAUGCGUUUUCCUCUACAUCAUAUGAAAACUUCUUCUCACCAGACUGUACAUUUCUAUCUACAGAAAAUAAGGAAAUUCUCCCUCUGGAAAAUAAAGUUAUAGACUUUAGGGGGGAAAAGUCAUCUUUGAAUUUAUCUUAUCAAAGUCAUGGUUGUUCUGGUGCCUGUCUGAUGAAAACACCACCACCUUUCAAGGGAGAAAACCCUCUACAGCUACCAAUCAAGUGUCACUUCCAAAGACGACAUGCAAAGACAAAUUCUCAUUCUUCAGCACUCCACGUGAGUUAUAAAACUCCUUGUGGAAGAAGUCUACGAAAUGUGGAAGAAGUCUUUCGUUACCUACUUGAAACAGAGUGUAACUUUUUAUUUACAGACAACUUUUCUUUCAAUACCUAUGUUCAGUUGACUCGGAAUUACCCAAAGCAAGAAGAAAAUGUUUCUGAUGUGGAUAUUAGCAAUGGAGUGGAAUCAGUACCUAUUUCUUUCUGUAAUGAAAUUGAUAAUAGAAAGCUUCCACAAUUUAAGUACAGAAAGACUAUAUGGCCACGAACAUAUUAUCUAAACAACUUUUCCGACAUGUUCACUGAUUCAUGUGACUGUUCUGAAGGCUGCAUAGACAUAACAAAAUGUGCAUGUCUCCAGCUGACAGCAAGGAAUGCCAAAAGUUGUCCUUUGUUAAGUAAUAAAAUUACCACUGGAUAUAAGUAUAAAAGGCUACAGAGACAAAUACCUACUGGCAUUUAUGAAUGCAGCUUAAUGUGCAAGUGUAAUCGACAAAUGUGUCAAAACCGAGUUGUCCAACACGGUCCUCAAGUAAGACUACAGGUGUUCAAAACUGAGAAGAAGGGAUGGGGUGUACGCUGCUUAGAUGACAUCGACAGAGGGACGUUUGUUUGCAUCUAUUCAGGAAGAUUGCUAAAGAGAGUCAAUCCUCAGAAACCUAAUGCUGUUGAUGAAAAUGGAAAAGAAAAGGAUGUUAUGAAAAAUAUAUUUUCAAAAAAGAGAAAAAUAGAAGUUGCGUGUUCAGAUUGUGAGGUUGAAGUUAUCACAUUAGAAUUGGAAAAGCGACCUAAAAGUGCUGAAACUGAGGAAUAUCCACCUAAGUUUAGUAGUAAUUCAAACGAGCCCAUUAUAGAGAUGAACUAUAACAACAUCUCAAGAACUCAGUAUCAUUCAGUUAUUAGAAGUCCUAAAUCCAAGACAGCCAUUUUUCCACAUAAUGGGAAAAAGGGAUUUGUUUCUUUAGAGUCUGCCACCUCAGAAGAUAAUGAUGGAUUUAAACCAGCCCAAGCACAUGUGAACUCUAAAACCAGGGGAGCACAAAAGAACUCAAGAUUCAACCAAGUUGAAGAUUCUGAGGACAAUCAGCUGAUUGAAUCAGAUGUAAUAGAUAUGACUACAUGUAGAGAAGAAACUCUGCCAGGGGGCAGAUGUGACCAAGCAACCACAUUGGAUAAUGAAAAUGUUAAAGAAUUUGAGGUUCAAAUAAAAAAGCCCCAAGAGGAAAAAUCUCCAGUGUGUAAAAACCAGCAGGUUUAUCAUGAUGAAGAGUUGACAUGUGAUACCAAGAAUACUUCGUCUGAUUCUCUAAUGAAGUCCAGUAAAAGCAAUGUUUUUUUACUGGAUGCCACAAAAGAAGGAAAUGUGGGCCGUUUCCUUAAUCAUAGUUGUUGCCCAAAUCUCUUGGUACAGAAUGUUUUUGUAGAAACACGUGACAGAAAUUUUCCAUUGGUGGCAUUCUUCACCAACAGGUAUGUGAAAGCAAGAACAGAACUAACGUGGGAUUAUGGUUAUGAAGCUGGGACUAUGCCUGACAAAGAAAUACUCUGUCAAUGUGGGGUUAAUAAGUGUAGGAAAAAAAUAUUAUAAAAAUGUAACUAAUGCCUGUUCAUGAAGUUAGAUAAGGCUCAAAUUGGAGCCAUACAAAAGAAUCCUCAGUCAUCAGUGGAAUUAAUGUAGGUUGCUGUACACCAAGGUAAUUCUCAACUUUUUCUUUUUUUAGGAUUCAUAUUGUAUUUCUAUUUUAUUUGAUUAAAUUCCAGACUCAAAAUAAGAACAUUUUCAUAUGCACAGGCUAUCCUUGUUUUUACUGCUGUUCAACUUUACUUGAGUACAAUGGAAAUGUAUAUUUUAUAUGAAAUAUCACUGUAUAAUUUAUAACUUAUUUACAAAUUGUAUAUUAAGAAAAAUAGAAUUCAGUAGUUUCUAAGUUACUUUUUUAAUCACUAUUAUUUAGUUUAUACCUGCAAGGACCAAAUUUCACAUCUACUUACAAAAUUGAUGUUUAAUUCCUGGCACAUCAUUAUAGGCUACAAGGUGGGCAACAGAACCUGAGGGAUAUGUGAGAACUAAUUUUAUACUUCCAAGGUGUGCAGUUUUUGUUUUUUACCCCUAGUGCUAGGCCUCAUGCCUGCUUGGCCAGUGCUGCACCACUGACACACACACACACCCCCAAUUCUCCCAAGUAUUUUAAUACUUGUUAAGAGAGACUAUAUCUGGCUCCAUGAAACUGUCCCAUCAAUCAUUUGGGGAGGAGAGACUCUUCAGUAAGUUAAGUUUCUGACAAACUCUUUGGUGUUUUUGUUUUUUGGGUGUGGUACUAGGGAUUGGACCCAGGGCCUUGUGCAUGAGAGGCAAGCACUACACCAGCUGAGCUAUAUCCCUGGCCCUUGACAAAUUCUUUGAUUCAACUCUUUGAGAUUAAUCCUCUUUUCCAGUUUCCCUUCACUCCUUCAAUGCAGACAAGAUAAGCGGAAUAGAAACUUAGAGAAAAUUGAAUAUUUUGUUCUAAAGAGAAUAAAACUAUAAGUAAAAGAAACCUUGAAACUAGAAGGAAUUAUCCUGGGCAAAAUUUCACAUCAAAAAUAUAACAAAAUAACAAUUUUGAGCUUCAGAGUCUAAAACAGCCUCUUGGUAUAUCCUGGGCAUGGUUGGUUGUUUUUGUAGAAAAAAGGGGAAGUUAACUACUUUGCUGUAGGCUAACCCUGAUCAUCUAGUGGAAAAGGGGACUGUGAAGCUCCAAGAAUCAAAAAUUAAUUUUAUCCCUUCCAGAAAAAGUACAUUUAACUCCUAGGAACUUCUCCUAAGAACCAGGUGGUACUAUUAAUUUGAAAAGGAGUAAUUAAAUGGAGACCGAAGCAGGAGGAACACAAGUUCAAGGCUAGACUAAGCAACUGGGUAAGACUCUGUCAGAAAUGAAAAAGGAUUGAGAUGUAGCUCAAUGGUAAAGCUCCCCUGGGUUCAGUCCUCAUUAUGGGAGAUAGGAAGGGAUUUCUUUUUUGAGGGGUUUAUGUCUUUUUGUUGUGUUACUUGAUUUGGGGUUUAGUUUGAUUACCUUUCAAACAAAUCUAUUUUAAGUUGGGACCCAGUUUCUUAAAAAUAUUGAACCAGAUGAAAAUUGAACUUGGGAAACCAAGAACUAGGAAAAGUAGCCAAAAAAUUAAAACCCAGUUGUCUAUAGACAGAUGAGUCAAGUUGAGAAAUCUGUGUAUUUACAAUAAAGAUGCAGGAAUUUUAGGCAGUAUGCUAAAAUAAAGUGAGAAGUUUAGUCAAAUAUUUUUGUGCAGGAAAUAUUAUAGAUCAGCCAGUAUUUCCUUAAGAUCUGCUUUAGGAGUCCAUCUAACACUCAUAAACCUGAAAUAUUCUAUCAGUUUUAUCCUCUUUGAGAAGUUUCUCCAGAAAUUGUGAUCUGCUUCAUUCUCGAUUAUUUUACAGCUAGCAUCUCACUUCAGUACCCUAGAGAUUUGCUUUGUCUCUCAUGUCAGAUCUGUUUCUAGUUUCCCUUUCCUUAGUCUACUCUUUUAUGUUGGUGAAGCAUAGCCUCCAAUAGCUUGUUACUUUUGUUUUUUGGACUCGGGAUUAAACCCAGGUACACUUUACCACUGAACUAUAUCGCCAGCCCUUUUUAUUUUUUAUUUUUGAAAAAGGUUUCACUAAGUUGCCCAGGCUGGCCCCAAACUUGCAGUCCUCCUGCCUCAACCUCCUAGGUGGCUGGGAUUAUAGAUACAUGCCACUACACCUGACACCAGUAACUUUUGAAGAAGAUAAGAAGUAAAUGUUUUGAGACUCUGCACUUUGAAAUGUCUUCAUUUUAUUUUCUUGAUUGCUAUUUUCGGCAGGGUAUAGAAUUUUUACCUCUCUUGAAGUUAUAGGAUUAAUUUUGUCCCAGUGUUUGUCUCUGGUCAGAGUCCAUUUUCAUCCUUCUACUGGUGUUUGAUGAGAUCUUUUCAUCUUAAAACCUUGUUUUUCAGUACAGAAACCAUUUCUUGAAGACUUUCUCAUCUCUUUUUGGAAUUCCUGUUACCAAAAUGUUAGAUCUCCAGUAUUGGUUCUCCGGUUUUCUUUCUACUGUUCUCUUAAUUUCCAGCUCUGUCUUCCUGCUUUUUCAGUAUCCUAGAAGGUACUGAAGAGUCCUUUUGAUUUUUAUGGUCUCAUUUUUAAUUUGUAAGAAUUCUCUUUUUUUCUUUUAAUAUUCUUUAUAACAUCCUGUAUUGGCCCAUGUUGCAGUAUUUUAUAUUUUUGUGUGUGUGCAUAUACAUACAUAUACAUGCAUUCAUAUGUCUUAUUUUUUUCUUACAUAUUCUCUGUCCUCUCAGCUUUGUUUAUUUUCCUUCUGUUUGUUUUGUCCCUUAACAUUAUAGGGCUUUCUUCAGAGUUAAGAGAACAUUGCAGUCUGAAAGAGAGAAAAGGUUCCUGGAUGGCUUUACCAUGCCUCAGCUGUUUUGCUGAGAAAUCCUGUGGGCUCAAGGGUUUUCUUUUCUGCCUGGCAAGGCAUACUUCUCUAACCUCCUGUGGGAAAAGCCAAAAAAAAAAAAAAAAAAUCGUGUGCCUAGGGUCUGCUCAUUUCCCAUUUGCAACACCUCUGCCCCCAACCCCCAUGACAUUCUUCUAUAAUACAUUCAUACUUGUCAAGACUGUCGAAAUUACAUUUUUUGUUACCCCAAUUUUGCAUUUGCAGCUUAGAAACCUUCACCAAGUUCAAGACCUGCAGAAGUUUUCCUUUAAUUCUGCAGCAAAUUAAUUUUUAUGCUUCUAUUAAUUUUAAGUUAUAAUUUAAUAUAUGUAUUUAUGUUGUGUACACGUAUAUUUAUUAUAUGCACUGAAAACCUCGUCUUGUGUGGUGCUCUGUAUCCAGUGGGUGCUAAAUAAAGGCUUGCUCCUGGCAA